UUCAGUGAGUAACUCCAGUCCAGCACUCCGCUUCACUGACAGAUACAGCUUCAUGACCCGAGGGAGUUAGAAAAGAUACACUCGGCGGCAGCUGCUCGGCAACGAAAAUAUAUAUGUAUUAGAGCGCGAAAUUCAGAGCCCUUCAGAGUCAUUGAACAAUAGAUUACUAUAGGACGCACGAGCGCACAGUGUGGAAGUUUUGCAACUCAUUACUGGUCUAUGUUUACUGUAUCUCAGUGAUGUUUUCCUACCACUCUAUCCUGCUGCUGUGCAGUGUCUUCAGCCUGAAUGCUCCUUCACUGGCUCUGCCCUUCGAGCAGAGAGGAUUCUGGGACUUUGGCAUGGACAGUGAUGGGGGAGAUCUGACAACAGUAAUGAUGAGAGAUGAGGAGGGUUCAGCUAUGGAGGAACUGCCACCAGAUGUGCCCUUAUGCCCCUUUGGUUGCCAGUGUCAGCUCAAAGUGGUGCAAUGCUCAGAUCUAGGAUUGACUGCAGUCCCCAGGGGGAUUCCCAUAGAUACCAAACUCCUGGACCUACAGAAUAACCGCAUCACAGAACUGAAUGAGAAUGACUUCAAAGGACUUGCAAACCUUUAUGCCCUGUCACUAGUCAACAACAAGAUCUCCAAAGUCCACCCACGAGUCUUCAUGCCACUCCGACACUUAAAAAAGCUCUAUUUUUCUCGGAACCUCCUGACAAUGGUACCCAAGAACCUGCCCCCGUCCCUGGUGGAGCUGCGUAUUCAUGAGAAUCGUAUUAAGAAGGUUGCAGAGGGAACGUUCUCUGAUCUGGGCAGCAUGAACUGCAUUGAGAUGGGCGGAAACCCCAUUCAGAACAGUGGCUUUGAGCCUGGUGCUUUUAAAGGCCUGAAACUCAAUUACCUGCGCAUCUCUGAGGCCAAACUCACUGGAAUACCUAAAGACUUCCCUGACAGUCUUCAUGAGCUCCACCUGGACAAUAAUCAGAUCCAAGCCAUCGAACUGGAGGACCUGGGCCAAUAUAAGAACCUGUACAGAUUGGGUCUGGGAUACAACCAUAUCCGGAUGAUUGAGAAUGGCAGUCUAUCAUAUGUCCCAAAUCUGAGGGAGCUGCAUUUGGAAAACAACCGCCUGACCCGCAUCCCAAGAGGCCUGCCAGACAUGAAGUACCUGCAGGUGGUCUACCUACAUUCUAACAACAUUAGCCAGGUGGACAUAAAUGAUUUUUGCCCUCGAGGCUUCGGGAUGAAGAGGACCUUCUACAAUGGCAUCAGUCUCUAUGGCAACCCAGUUAACUACUGGGAGGUGCAGCCUGCCACUUUCCGCUGUGUUAGUGACCGGUUGGCCAUCCAGUUUGGAAACUAUAAAAAAUAGAGAAAGGAUUAUUGAUUGAAUAUGGGAACAAGUAAUGCUGGAAUUUAAACAAAACAGAAAAAGAUGGAUAAAACACCUUUGUAAGCCAAAAUGGUGUCAAGAAACAGCAUUUCUAAGAAGUUUACCACAUUUCUUUGGAUUCAUAUGCCUGUGAGAUCUACAAGGAAAAGUAGAAGGUGCAACAAAAAUAAGUAAAAGGAAAUAAAAAAAAUGAACAUAAACUGUAUAAAAAUGUGUAUCUUAAAUAUGUGGAAAAUGCAGGGAAUGACGAUAUUUGAGGUUUAUUUCCAAAAAUGAAUAUUGGCCAUUGUUUGUAAAUGUUUCACAGAAAAGUCUUAUCAAUAUAUUAUCAGAUUUCUUUAUAAUCAUAAGUAAUAUUAUUAUGUACUGUUAUAUUGUUAUUAUUUUAUCAGUUUUUUUUUUAUAUCAAUGUUGAGAUUGAAAGAUAGAAAAGUUUUGCCUUAUUUUUGUGUCUUUGCAUUGCAAUUGUGCUUAAGAGCUCUAUUUCUUUUUUUUUUUUGUGGGAGUACUUUAGGGCAGUUGAGGAACUGUGUGAUGUUAUGCAGUUUUUUCUCCAAGAAUAAGUCAACCGCCUUACGCUCUUAUCCACCCAAAUGACUUAGUUUGUGCCCUCUUGAGUUGGAGGCUGUUUCAUAAAAGGAUCAUAAUGUUGUAUUGUUUUGCACAGUUUCUCUACAAAUUCCAAAUGUUUUCUUUGUAAGUUUUUCUUUACUAAUUUUGUCUUUUUCCCCAGUGUUUUUCUGCUGAAUUUGGCUAUGACACUGCAUGCCAUCAUUACAGAAUGUUUCAACUCGGCUUCAGGAGCGGAAAUGGCAUACCAUCAUGGUUUGAAAGCUGUGACUAAAACAAAAUUGAGUUAACACAUGUUUGAUGAGUUCAGUGGAAUAAAAAAUAUUCAAUGUUCUUUGUUAAACAGGAAUCUCCUCUUUUCUCAAUAAAGCCAAAUAUUAAAUGAUUAAAUGAUCAACAAGCACAAUGUCAAUGGGUCAUUCUACAUUAAGUGUUGCAAUCCAUGUCUGAGCAAUUCACUUUGUAUGUAAAAUAAAAUAUAAAAUA